GUCAGUCAAGUUUAUCGCCACAGUCUCGCAAUGAAAUUCAAAACGCGAGUACGUCUGUUUAUGUUGUUGUGUUUGGUUAAAGUUGCAGAACAAUCGUGCAAAUCAAUAAUUAAAAACAAACCCCAAUGUGACUCCUUCGGCGACAUCAACCUUGGACAAACUGACUGGGUGGGCAUCACCACCAACAAUUUGGAACCUUUAGAUGUAAUUGAGAACGGUAACAACAUAAAAAGGCUUCAAAUCGAUGGGUCAAUCAACGGUAUUAAAGAGGGGGCCUUCACCAAAAUGCCCAAGCUGGAACAACUGGUACUAUCAUCCAACAAACUGGAAGUUAUACCUCAAGGGGUGUUCAACAAUUUAAACCUCAAACAAAUAUAUUUGAACGAAAACCGAAUAGCCAAAAUCGAGGCUGGAGCCUUUGAAAACGAUAACAACUUAAGGAAACUAAGCUUCAGGUACAACAACAUAAAAAGGCUUCAGCCGGAGACGUUCAACAACUUAAACUUGGAACAACUAACUUUGUCCCACAAUAAGAUAUCCACCCUAAACAAAAACGACCUGGGUGUACUACCAGCCCUGACGGUACUCCACCUGGACAACAACCGACUGACAACCUUCUUAAGUGACUCCCUAAGCCACCCCCAACGACUGGAAAUCCUGUGGCUGCACAACAACUCCAUAAACGUCCUCUUCAGCUACAUGUUCCAAGAGUUGAAGUCCCUCAAGCUACUCAACUUAGGUUCCAACGGCAUAACCAUGAUCGAACCAAGGACUUUCGAAAAAAUACCCCUGAUUAACAACUUAAUUUUGUUCAACAACAGCAUCACUCACUUAACUGGGGCCGAAUUCACUAACACAGGCAUGCACCACCUGGAGAAGCUGUACAUAAACUACAACAAACUAAUGUACCUGUCCUCGGAUAUGUUGGUGAGGUUGCCCAGGCUGAAGCUGGUGACCAUCGGGGGAAACCCGUGGGAGUGUUCGUGUUUGGACUUGCUGCUGAAGAUUUUUAAGCAACAUAAGGUAACUGUUAAGUGUGAUGACGUGUAUUUUGAGGGAAUGAGGCCUGUUUGUAUUGGUAAUUCGACCCAUUGUGAUUAUAAUUAUGAUCGGAACUUGUCUGAUUUGUUCGUGAAGUCCUUGAGGGAAUAUCCGAGGGAUAAAAAAUGGUGUUUAUUGUAAAAUUUGUUAUAAUAAAUGUGAGUAAAAU